AUGCAUGGAGAUAAUGCUGCGGAUGGGACGACGAAAUCGAGGGAGAAUCCAUCGUCACUAUCCUGUCCUCCUACGGUUGAUAGGUCCCCUGUAUAUUCAGUACCACUUUAUGUGUACAUGCACGAAUUCAUCUCCAACAAUUCCGACCGUAUCUUCCAAGACAUCGACCGGCUAAAGAGUCAACAUCAAGUUCAUGAGCAUCAGCAAACCACUGAUUAUGUCCUCAGUCAACCUAUCGAUAUCCAUGUCGAGGCUAUCGUCCGAUACAAGAUUCCAAGCCGUCGUUUUCAUCAAAUUAUGAGAGGCACUCGAGAUGAUCUGGAUUUGGAUCUUCUCCGACGGAUACUGAUUGCUACCGAUCCGGACGAGGACUGGAAGAGCUUUGGCGAAACCCUUCUAUUCAAUGCUGUGAAGGACAGAAACCUAUCUCUACUUGACGUACUCCUCAAUGCAGGAGUAAACGAAAUGGCUUUGCAGGAAGCAGAGACCGUCAACUAUCAAUUCGACGAGUAUCCAUUCAAUGUACUGCAAGUUGCAGUUCAAUACGAGUAUGACGAUGCAAUCAGGACUUUGACCAGUCAUGGUGCGAUAAUCUUCACCGGCUGUCCGUACACUGAUUGCGCUUUUCUCGCUAAUGCGAUUGAACAUGCCAUGCAUCUGGUACGGCCAUUACUCGCUGAAUGCAUAAGAUUGUUAGAUCACCAGAUAUCUCAGAAAGGAAGCGCCGCUCUUAGCCGGGCUGUAAUUUUAUCUAAUGACAAGGUCGUUGACGUCCUCCUUCAGACUGGAUUCAGUCCGUAUACUGGGCGAUACAAUGGCCCUUUUUCGAAUAAGAUAUUACCAUACGGAAGCCCUUUCGAGCUCGCCAUGUUUGCUUGGAAGUCCACCUACCUCAAGAGGUUUUUGAAAUUCCCAUGGUAUGAUACGAGCAAGAAGCAAUAUCUGGAGCGACAACGUCAACUUACUGCUGCAUACAUCUCUGCAUGGUCCUCUAGAGAUCUCGAACUCGAAAAAGCGAUCCUAGAAGCUGGCCUGAAACCGAAUGAGAUGAGACAGAUCAUGGGAGAUGAUCAUAUGCAACAAUGGCUGUAUUUUGGUCUCGCAAAAGCGAUUGAGUAUGGCGACUUGCGGCUUUUCCAGUUGGCAGUAACGAGAGAGAAUGUGUCUAUGAUUAAAGCUGGGGCAGAAGUCAACGCACCUCCAGGUAUAUUGGGCAAGACCGCAAUUGAGAUAGCCGCCGAAGUAGGCAGUCUUGAGAUGGUCACUUUUCUCCUCAAGACAGGAGCCGAUUUCGAGGGACAACACAACAGGAACUACAGAAGGGCAAUUUACAGAGCACGAAACAAUGGACACAUGUCUGUGGUCGGGUUACUGCAUGAGUGGAAGAGAUCGAAAUAUGGCAGGCAUGACUGCGACACGUUAGACAACUUGAGGAACUCAAUUACACCCGACGAAUUGGACUUCCAAAGCGAAGCAGCCAGGGCCGCUCACUUGAAAGACCAAGCCGAGGUUCACCCUGCAGUCGAACUUUCUGGGGAUAAAGGCUCUGUGGCAAGCAAUGGCUGA